UUUUUUUUUUUUUUUUUGAGACAGAGUCUCGCUCUGUCGCCCAGGCUGGAGUGCAGUGGCGCGAGCUCAGCUCACUUCAAGCUCCGCCUCCUGGGUUCACACCAUUCUCCUGCCUCAGCCUCCCAAGUAGCUGGGACUACAGGUGCCCGCCACCAGGCCAGGCUAAUUUUUUGUAUUUUUAGUAGAGACGGGGUUUCACUGUGUUAGCCAGGAUGGUCUCGAUCUCCUGACCUCGUGAUCUGCCCGCCUCGGCCUCCUAAAGUGCUGGGAUUACAGGCAUGAGCCACCGCGCCCGGCCUACUUGCUAUUCAUUCAGCCUUGCUGAAUGACUUAGAGUCCCACUGGAUUUUGCUUACCAGCUAAAUGAGCCCCUCUCCUUCCCAGGCUCUCUAUUCUUCAAGCUCAGAUCAAGUUUCUCUUCUCAGGGAAGCCUUCAUGGACCUUCUCAGGCCUCAGCGGCUGCUGUCAAUGCCAGCUUCCUCCACUUGAACAAAACUACAGAGCUCUUUGCACUUUUAAUUUUUUUCCUCUUCCCUGCUAGGGUAGCUGGCAGGAGUUAAUAAACAAUAAAAUACAACUGGAGGGCUGAGAGGCAGGAACCACCGGGGCCUGUGGCAGACCAGACCUAUGGCAGGGUCUGCCACCCUGUCUUUGUGCCAAGGGCAAGAUAAGCCUAACUUUCCCCAAGCUCGAUUUCCUCAUCUCAUCUGAAAACGAUGAAUAAAAAUACCCAGCUCAGAGCUACUAAGAAAACUGAACCUAAGGUAUGCAAAGUCCUGCUCCUAGCACUUAAAUGUAAGCUACUCUUAUUCUAGUUACACAUAAAGUUACUUCCAAAAACCUUACGAAAUUCCCCGAGCACUGUCCAUGGUAUGUGGUUUCCCGGUUGCUUAUUGGGUGGUCCCAAGAGCCUUCCUUUUUUCCUUCCUGAGGCGUGCCAAGUCCCCUCUCCUCUUCUCUGGGUGGUGCUGACGCCUUCUUCCCAGGCUGCACCUUUGCUGGGCCGGAGGAUGCCCUCGCAGCGGAGCGCCAGAGUCACCAGGCAACCUCCCCAGCCUCCACCCUCUAGCCCGGGCUCCCACCUCCGUCCUCGGGCCCCUCGAGUCACGUUCUCCUACUAAGCAGUUGGGCCGCAGCGCCCCGCGCCGGUCUGACCCGGAAUGCCUGCUGGCCGCGGUAGGCCGAGGACAGGCGGGGCUCUGCAGGUCCCCAACCCACGUGCUCCCGGCCUCCUCCGCAGGGCGCCGCCUUCCGGCUAGGCGCAACAUGGACUACAUUUCCCAGGGUGAACAGCGGCGGGGCCUAGACUCUGCGGGGGCCUGGGGCGGCGUGCCGCUCCACCGCCUGCUCAGGGGAGCGCGGACUGGCGCGAGGACAGGGCUAAAGACCCGGAAUGAGUUUCCGCGCAGUUCCGCUGGGCCGUGCCGGGCGGUGCCGGGCCGUGCCGAGCCAGAACUGGCGAGAGUGGGGGCCUGAGUUGCGGUGCCGGGGACAGGCGCUCGGGGCAGCCCGCGCCUUGCCGAGGUCCCUGCCCCGUCCCGGCCGGGCGGGCUUGUCUGUCAGUCACUGGGGCGGAGGCAGCGGCGGUAGCUGGGCUGUAGCGGGGCGGUGAGAACAGCGCGGGCCAGGCCGAACGGAAGGGACCUGCCACAGCCCCUCAACUCCACGGACUCUUCGCCCCAGACUCGCGGAGCUGCAUCUCCGCGCCUCGUCGGACGCCUCCGUAACCACGAAGGGCUCUCUCCCCCGUGACCCUCCAGCCCCAUGACCUCUUCAUAGCACCCGAGAGCUCACCCAGGCGGGGGUGUUGUGGGUACAGGCCAUCGACCUUGUGACCCCUCAAGAGCCAGGGACUUGGUUUCCCCCGCAGGCCUCCCUCCCCAGUGACUCCCUCCACACAGAUUCUGGGGACAGAGCUGUUACCUACCACUAGGAUCCCUGCCUGAGAGCUCCUCAUUGACGGCUCCCUCCUCGGAGUCCCUUUCAUUGGGUCUCCUAAGAGCACCCCUUUUGGCCUCUGGCAAGCCUCCCACCCCCAAACGAGGUGGGGAGGCCUCGGCAGCCAUGCCCGCCCUGGGCUCCCCCUCACCCCACCACUCCCUGGGCACCCAAGCCGGGGUCUAGCAGGGGGCCAGCAGCCAAGGGGCUGGGGCAGGAGACAGAUCAGGGCCCACCUCCCUGCCAGGGAGGGAGCAAAGAUGGAGCGGCGGGAGGAGCAGCCGGGGGCUGCAGGGGCUGGAGCAGCACCAGCCUUGGACUUCACUGUGGAGAACGUGGAGAAGGCGCUGCACCAGCUCUACUAUGACCCCAACAUUGAGAACAAGAACCUGGCUCAGAAGUGGCUGAUGCAGGCCCAGGUCUCCCCACAGGCCUGGCACUUCAGCUGGCAGCUACUGCAACCUGACAAGGUACCAGAGAUCCAGUACUUUGGGGCCAGUGCUCUUCACAUCAAGAUCUCUCGCUACUGGAGUGACAUCCCCACUGACCAGUAUGAAAGCCUAAAGGCACAGCUCUUCACCCAGAUCACCCGCUUUGCCAGUGGCUCCAAGAUUGUACUGACUCGGCUGUGCGUGGCACUGGCCUCACUGGCUCUCAGCAUGAUGCCUGACGCUUGGCCAUGUGCUGUGGCAGAUAUGGUACGACUCUUCCAGGCUGAGGACUCACCAGUGGAUGGCCAGGGUCGCUGCCUAGCCCUGCUAGAGCUACUGACAGUGCUGCCUGAGGAGUUCCAGACCAGCCGCCUACCCCAGUACCGCAAAGGCCUGGUGCGGACCAGCCUGGCGGUGGAAUGUGGGGCUGUCUUCCCUCUGCUGGAGCAACUACUACAGCAGCCCAGCUCACCCAGCUGUGUGCGUCAGAAGGUGCUCAAGUGUUUCUCCAGCUGGGUGCAGCUGGAGGUGCCACUGCAGGACUGUGAGGCGCUCAUUCAGGCUGCCUUCGCUGCUCUGCAGGACUCGGAGCUCUUCGACAGCAGUGUGGAGGCCAUUGUGAAUGCCAUCUCACAGCCUGAUGCCCAGAGGUACGUGAACACGCUCCUGAAGCUCAUCCCGCUGGUGCUGGGUCUGCAGGAACAACUGCGGCAGGCAGUGCAGAACGGGGACAUGGAGACCUCCCAUGGCAUCUGUCGCAUCGCUGUGGCCCUGGGCGAGAACCACUCCCGGGCCUUGCUGGACCAAGUAGAGCACUGGCAGAGUUUCCUGGCACUUGUCAACAUGAUUAUGUUCUGCACAGGCAUCCCUGGCCACUAUCCUGUCAAUGAGACCACCAGCUCCCUAACCCUCACCUUCUGGUACACGCUGCAGGAUGAUAUUCUAUCCUUUGAGGCAGAGAAGCAGGCUGUAUACCAGCAGGUGUACCGGCCAGUCUACUUCCAGCUGGUGGAUGUGCUUCUGCACAAGGCCCAGUUCCCUUCUGAUGAGGAAUAUGGAUUCUGGUCCUCAGACGAGAAGGAGCAGUUCCGAAUUUACAGGGUGGACAUCUCAGACACGCUCAUGUAUGUCUAUGAGAUGUUGGGGGCCGAGCUGCUCAGCAACCUCUAUGACAAGCUGGGUCGUUUGCUCACCAGCUCAGAGGAGCCCUACUCCUGGCAGCACACAGAGGCCCUCCUCUACGGCUUCCAAUCCAUCGCAGAGACCAUUGACGUCAACUAUUCUGAUGUGGUGCCUGGGCUCAUUGGCCUCAUCCCACGGAUCAGCAUCAGCAACGUGCAGCUGGCAGACACUGUCAUGUUCACCAUUGGAGCUCUGUCUGAAUGGCUGGCUGACCACCCCGUCAUGAUCAACAGUGUUCUGCCCCUGGUACUGCAUGCCCUAGGCAAUCCUGAGCUCUCUGUCUCUUCUGUGUCUACCCUCAAGAAGAUCUGCCGAGAGUGCAAGUAUGACCUGCCUCCCUAUGCUGCCAACAUUGUGGCCGUGUCCCAGGAUGUGCUGAUGAAACAGAUCCACAAGAGGCCCGUUUUCCUUCUUACCCCACAACUAGAUGUGGCCAGGACUGACCAUCCAUGUUCUGCCCCACAGACAAGCCAGUGCAUGUGGCUGAUGCAGGCGCUGGGCUUCCUGCUGUCAGCUCUUCAAGUGGAGGAGAUUCUUAAGAACCUGCACUCGCUUAUCUCACCCUAUAUCCAGCAACUGGAGAAGCUGGCAGAGGAGAUACCCAAUCCCUCCAACAAGCUGGCCAUUGUUCACAUCUUGGGGCUUCUCUCCAACCUCUUCACCACAUUGGACAUCAGUCAUCAUGAGGAUGAUCACGAAGGCCCUGAGCUUCGGAAGCUGCCAGUGCCACAGGGACCCAACCCCGUGGUGGUGGUGCUGCAGCAGGUCUUCCAGCUUAUCCAGAAGGUGCUGAGCAAAUGGUUGAAUGAUGCCCAGGUUGUGGAGGCGGUGUGCGCUAUCUUUGAGAAGUCUGUUAAGACGCUGCUGGAUGACUUUGCCCCCAUGGUGCCACAGCUGUGUGAGAUGCUGGGUCGGAUGUACAGCACCAUCCCCCAGGCCUCUGCUCUUGACCUCACUCGACAGCUGGUCCACAUCUUUGCUCAUGAGCCUGCCCACUUUCCCCCAAUUGAGGCCCUCUUCCUGCUCGUCACCUCCGUCACACUCACUCUCUUCCAGCAAGGGCCCAGGGAUCAUCCUGAUAUUGUUGAUUCAUUUAUGCAACUCCUGGCACAGGCUCUGAAGCGGAAGCCAGAUUUGUUCCUGUGUGAACGAUUGGAUGUCAAAGCUGUGUUCCAGUGUGCUGUGCUGGCCCUCAAGUUCCCUGAGGCACCAACUGUCAAGGCCUCCUGUGGCUUCUUUACAGAGCUGCUGCCUCGGUGUGGGGAAGUAGAGUCUGUGGGAAAGGUGGUACAGGAAGACGGUCGUAUGCUGCUCAUAGCAGUGCUGGAGGCCAUUGGGGGCCAGGCCUCCCGCAGCCUCAUGGACUGCUUUGCCGACAUCCUGUUCGCCCUGAACAAGCACUGCUUCAGCCUCCUGAGCAUGUGGAUCAAGGAGGCCCUGCAGCCACCUGGUUUUCCCUCUGCCCGCCUCAGCCCUGAACAGAAGGAUACCUUCAGCCAGCAGAUCCUUCGCGAGCGAGUGAACAAGAGGCGGGUGAAGGAGAUGGUGAAGGAGUUCACACUGCUGUGCCGGGGUCUCCAUGGCACAGAUUACACAGCUGACUACUGAGGGGUGCCCCCAUCCCACCCACCCCUUCUCUUCACCCUUCCCUAUCCCCAAAGAGUAAACCUGGACCCUCAUGCUGUCUCUGCCUCCUUUCUGCUGCCACCACCACCUAACUGAAAGCCUGGGUCCAGAAGGCCUGGGGGAAGGAUGGGAGGAUGCUUGGACCAGGCCUGAGGGAAUAGUAGGAACACCCUCUAGCUCCCAGGUUGGAAGAGAUAUUGCUGUAGCCAAGACACCUAGGCUGGAGCCCUUCAGAAUACUGCCAUUGCCCUUGGGGUGGGGUGGUUGCACUAGUGUCAUCAACCCCGCCAUCCCCAUUAAAUUAGUCCCAACAUGCA